AUGGACAUCGAAUUAGCCUCUCCGCCGGCUGUAAGUGCUUUACGAGAAUCAUUCGGUGACCGGAAGCCACCCGAUAUUACUCGCAAGAUUACUGCUUGUGUAGCAUGUCGCAAGCAAAAGGUCAAAUGUCAUAUGCGGGAGGGUCAGAUGCCAUGCUCGCAGUGCAAGAAGAGAGGCCUCCCUUGCAGUGUGAACCGAAGCUUGCAGACAUUACUGGAAGACGAUGUCACAUGGAAAGGCGCCGUGGUGCAAAAGAUGCGGCGGCUAGAAGAGGUCGUUGCAAAGAUUGCUGCCAAAGUUGACAUGCCCGAGUUGCAAGCUUUGCAGGCUGCUCCUGCAAUACAAGAUGAUUCUUCGGGUCCACCGACCGAAGCUGUUAAUGAAGAAGUUAUCACGGGGGAAACCUUUACCUCAAGUCAAUCAUCCCAGCCAAAAGAGAAUCAUGAGCUACCGCAGACAUGGGAAGUGAUAAUGGAUCCCCGGGGCGGACUUGAUCAUUUCCUCUAUCGCAUUCUUGGCGACCAUAUUAGUUUGGACUCGGUUCGAAUCGCUUCUCCACUGUUAACGACGGCUAUUUGUACUGUGGCUGCUUUGCAUUCUCAAUCUCUCGGUCAUCUCUUUGAAACUUGCUAUGGUGAAUAUAAGAAUCUUGUCGCGGCUCAAACUUUUUCAAGACAUGUGAACGAAGAUGACAUCCGUGGCCUGUGUGUUGGUGCAUUUUGGCUGCAUGAACUUUCUUGGCCCUUGAUCGGAAAUGCUGUCCGUAUUGCGUCGGACAUUAAUCUUCAUAGUGGUAUCUACAGGGCCCUCAAAGGAGACCGUGAUGGCUAUCGUCAAGCUCGACUAUACUAUCUCGUCUACGUAUGCGACCACCACUUUUCGAUCGCUUAUGGUCGACCCCCGAUGUCCAGAGAAGGGUUUAUAAUCGAGUCGGCUAGUCGAAUACUAGAAACUGAGCACGCCACAGAAGAUGAUGCUAGAUUAAUCAGCCAAGUCAAAGAAUGGUCAAUCUUGGGUCGUGUCUUUGACACCUUCGGGGUUGACGUUGAUACUCCUGUUGCGCCUCAGACAUUGCCACAACUGCGCCGAUACUCCAUUUUUUUGGAUAUGUGGUUUGCAGAUUGGAGCGAAAGCUUCAAAGAGAAUCAGAAUGUCGGAAAUUAUCCAGAAAAGGGUGUUGGCUUUCACUUCUAUUUUGCAAAGCUGUACCUUUGCUCGCACGCCUUUCGUGGUGUACCGGCAUCAGAGAGUUCACCUCAGUACAUGUCUUCUGAAUUGGAAGAGAUCGCCAAUGCCGGCGUAUUGUCAGCGAUGUCAAUCCUCCAGAUGAUUGUCUGUGAUGCCGAAUUCCGCUCGUUCAUGAAUGGGCUUCCUUUAUAUUUCGAUACUAUGCUUGCCUUCGCCGUUGUCUUUCUUCUCAAAGUUGCCACGAAGUAUGCAUUCAUGAUCAGAAUUGACACAGGCAAGAUCAUUUCUCUGGUCACUGACACUGUGGCUGCCCUUCGGGAUAUCACCCAAGCUAUGCACAAGCACCAUCUCCUUGUGGUCAUUAGCGAAGGCUUGGAACGGCUGUUAAGAACAGCCCCCAGUCUUUGA